UUCGCCGGAGUUCCGCCGAAGUUUACUCUCUAAACCGGUGCCCUGAAGUACUUUUUUUCCUUCCGAUCAGUCGAUGGUAAUCUCCAUGCAAUUCGUCUCCGGAAACAGGUAGUGAUCACUAGUGUUUAACCAGUGAAGAAUGGGCGUAGAAAUGGAACUCGUCGAUCUCCGACUAUUUGAUGGCUGAAUCUCUUUGUUGUGUAUCUAGAGCUCCAAGGCUAUUCAUUAAAGAGAUGAUCAUGAGAAACUUCAAGUCUUAUGCCGACGAACAGCGUGUUGGCCCAUUUCAUAAGAGCUUUUCUGUCGUUGUGGUCCUAAAUCCUAAUGGUAGUGGAAAGAGUAACAUAAUUGAUGCAAUGUUGUUCAUGUUUGGGAAGCGAGCCAAACAGGACGGUGAGACAUACGAAGCGGUUCCUGGAAGUGAUUUUGUGAUCACAUGUGUGGCAUUCCGAGAUAAUUCCUCUAAGUACUUUGUCAAUGACCAGUCAAGUAACUUUACAGAGGUCACCAAGUAACUGAAGGGGAGAGGGGUUGACUUAGAUAAUAACCAGUUUAUAUCGCUUGCUUGAUGUUAACUUCGCGAAUAUUGUUUCAUUAUGGGGUUUAAGUGGUUGGAUUUUUCAGGGUGAGGUUGAGCAAAUAUCGUUGAUGAAGCCAAAAGCGCAAGUAGCCCAUGAUGAA